CAGUACUCGCUGUGGGGAACAGCUUCAGACGGGCGCAACGUGAGGCACGACAUCGAGUGCACCCACGCCCCGCCACCUCGCUGCUCAAAGUGCACAACGCUCACGCACUGCGCGCCGGUAGCCCCAGUCAACUGCACACCGCGCGCCAGACAGCUGCACACCGCGCGCCAGACAGCUGCACACCGCGCGCCCUGACGUACCGCCCCGACGUACCGCCCCAGCGCUCCUCACACCCGGCGCAGCGACAUGCCGCCGUCGACCUGACACCACCAUGGCCGUCGGUGACUUCCUGAGUCGAGAGACGGACGCCUUCGUGCUGCCCGACAAGGCCUACUAUCCCACCAAGAUCCCCAUCGCACACUAUCAGCUGCGGCACUUCAUCAGCUCGCCCGAGCAGGACCUCGUCUACUACGCCAGCGGCUGCGACGUCUUCUGCCUCAACGCCGCCACCCAGACCCAGGCCCACGUCACCACCCUGCCCUUCGAGGCCCGCUGCACCGCCUCGGCCUACGGCUUCGUGUGCGUGGGCGGCGCCGACCACGGCAACUUUGCCGCCAUCAGCGUCGCCGGCUUCCCCCCGCUCGACGACCCCGUCAGCGCUGCCGUCGAUGCGUCGCUGCCGCUCGACCUAGCCCGCCGCCUCGCCCGCCCGCCGCUGCUGACCACCGCCCGCCGCGUGCAGCUCGAGAAGAUUGGCGAGGACAUUGUCAACUCCAUCUCCAUACACAAGCUGCCGGCCGCCACCGCAGACGCCCGCGACGAUGUCGUCGCCGUGCUCACCAACAACGACAAGUCGGUGCGCAUCUACUCGCUGCUGGACAGCCUCGAGCUGUGCUGCAUCGACCUGCCCAUUGCCAUGAACCACGCCACCAUAUCGCCUGACGGCAGCUUCCUCAUCGCCGUCGGCGACCAGCAGACCGGCUUCUUCUUCGAGCGCCAGCUCCCGGGGCCCGCGCGGCCCAGCGGCUGGAAGGAACCGAGCGAUCGGAUCAACUCGGUCCCGCCCGAGUGGAAGCUGUUCGAGGAAGUGGCCCUGUACAUACCGUCCAGCCAGUGCGCCGAAGGCUACUUCACAACCGCAUGGUCACCCUCGGGCCGUCUCUGCGCCGUGGGCUCCGAGUGCGGCUACAUCACCGUCUUCGAUGUCGAUUACCUGAAGGUUGCCGAGUACGGCGAGGACGCUAUUCUUGACGUCAUCAGCUCGACCCGGCCGGAUGUGUGCACAGGUGCUGGCGCAGUGCGCACAAUGCAGUUCUCUCCAGCGCCGUGGGACUUUUUGAUCUGGAGCGAGGACCAGGGCCGGGUGUGUAUCGCCGACCUACGGUCCGGGCUCAAAGAGAAGCAGAUACUGACCCUGGACCCGCGAGAAGAGGGACUCGAGAAGCUCGAGAUUGCCGAUUUCGAUCUAACCAUGCCCCCGCCUGUGUCUGACCUCAACAGAGAAGCCGACUUCAUCCGCAGGUACCGGCGCACCCUGGAUUCCGAAGGGACGCAGGCAGCCGUCGAAACUGCCAACGAAUACUUCCAGGCAGACUCGGAGCGACGGCGGGCUCUGCGACGUCUCGGCGUCGUCGAGUCUGACAACGAUCCGCAUGGGCUGUCGUCCGACGAACGGCGGAUCCUGGAGUCACUGCGCACAUCCCGCCAUGCGUUGGAGGCACAGCAGUCUGACGGGGUUCGCCCCAGGAGCAUCAACUACACGACCGCGGGACACGUAGAAGCUGCACGGGAACGGACCGCCGCCCGAGACAUGCCUUCUGAUCUCCUUGACGACCUCCUCUCAGAAAGUCUCCGGCCAACGAAUCGCUCGCUUGGAGAGCGAACGGCGCCUCGUCGUCAAGCCUCGAUCAUCGUCUCCAUCAACGAAGGCACAGUCAAUGUGCCACCCCAUGCACAAGCUAACAUCACCGAUGCUGUCACCACGAGAUCACCAAAUGCGAUGAAUUCGCAAACACGGAAUGAAAUCAUCACCUCGACCGACAACGCGUGGCGCACCAUCCAAGCGGCGCUGGCCACCAACCCAACGCGCACAAGCUCAUCCACCCCGGCUGCCAGCAAUCCGACGGCGCCCGAGCUCCGCAGCGAACUGCGCCGUCUGCGCCAGCUUACACAAGUGCGCGAACGCCUCCGCAACGAACGUGCCAGCCAGCUAUCGAGCGAGGCGUACGAGUUCAGUCUAGGUCUGCGGAGGGUUAGUCGCAGCACGCACGACCCCAGUCAGGGCGUGCGCACGGCGGGUAUCGCGAUGAGCCAGGAUGGGCGAACGCUGUACUGUGGAACGGAAGAGGGCAUCUUCGAAUUCAAGAUGAAUCUGCACGCGCGCAAGGGCUUUCCCGCAAUCAGUCCUCGGUGAGGAGCAAGCAAAAGCUACAGUAAUGGUCGUCUUCAGCAAAAACUCGAGU